GUUGCUCCGGUUGGCUCCUCCCCUUCUUUUCGCUCAUGGCCGAGUUCGAUCUUUUCGGCGCCCCUCAGCCGGUGGCGGGAAACGGGGCACUGGGGGUUGGCGGCGAGGAAGACCCAGCCGCCGCCUUCCUGGCCCAGCAGGAAAAUGAGAUCGCGGGCAUCGAGAACGACGAGGGCUACAACAUCCUCGAAAACGGCGAGGUGCCCCUCGGGAUGCAAGGCCAAGACGUGCUGUCCGAGGAUGCAAUUGAUGGAGUGACGAAUGGUGAUAUCUACCAGGAGAGCAACGGUCCUACCGACUGCUACGCUGCUAUCUCUCAAGCUGAUCGUCUGCAGACAGAACCAGAGAGCAUCCGCAAGUGGAGAGAAGAGCAGCGGGAGCGCCUAGAAGUGCUCGAUGCAAAUUCUCGAAAGCAAGAAGCAGAAUGGAAAGAAAAAGCAAUAAAGGAGUUGGAGGAAUGGUAUGCAAGACAAGAUGAGCAGCUACAGAAAACAAAAGCAAACAACAGGGUGGCAGAUGAAGCUUUCUACAAACAACCCUUCGCUGACGUGAUCGGUUAUGUGGCAGCUGAAGAAGUCUUUGUGAAUGAUGUUGAUGACUCAUCUCCUGGCACCGAGUGGGAACGUGUGGCUCGACUCUGUGACUUUAACCCCAAGUCGAGUAAGCAGGCGAAAGAUGUGUCCCGCAUGCGCUCAGUGCUCAUUUCGCUCAAGCAGGCUCCGCUGGUUCGCUGAAGUGGAAGCACACCCUACACUACAAAUGCAAUAUCUAACUUUACUCAGAGAAGCUGUGUUUGCAGUAAUUGGAUUAAUUAUGUUUAAAUGUUUUUUUUUUUGUUCGUUUUUGGACCAAACCUCACAAUGUAUUUUAGAGUUUGAUCAUUGUUCUGUGAUUGCAUGUUCCUCCUCUGUGUCCUCCUGGUGUCCAAACUGGGAGAAAACUUCCAGAACUGUAGUCUCUGUGCUCUUACGCAUUGAGAUUUGACUUUCAACUGUACUGAUAUUAAAGGUCUGUUUAAAUUGCGCUAUUGUGUGGGAAUAUUAAAAAGAUGAAGAAGCUUUA